GCGGUGGCGCUCUCGUCUUCAAAAUCAAAUUUACGACAUCAACAUGGCGGAUAAGUGGGAAAGCGAGGAAAAGCCAUCGACGAGGAUUCAAUUAAGAGUUAAAGAUGAACCUAUGGAUCUUGAUUUACCCGAAGAAGAUGAUGCGCCACCCGCUUUCGGUCCUGCUGCACUUGGACUGCAUAGAGUUGGUACACAAUUGCCACCAAAACCUACACCAAGUGAACCCAUGCAAAAGCUUAAUGCAAGGGGAAUGCCAGCUCGUAUUCGAAAAAAAAACAGGUUUAUAUUUGUUGAUGACUUUGUCAAUACAUCACCUCCUAGGCAAUCUCCUAAACGCAUACCAAAAAUUUUAAAAACACCUGUAAAGCAAUCAAGUGCUAAAAAGCAAAGAUCACCGACCAAAUCACCUGCUAAACUGCAGAGGAAUAAUGAAGAGAAGACUGAGAGUCAAUCCCCAGAUCGGAAAAGUGGUCAAAGAAUAGGUAUGAGGUUAAGAAAUCUUUUAAAACUUCCUAAAGCCCAUAAGUGGGUGUGCUUUGAAUAUUUUUAUAGUAACAUAGACAAGGCAUUAUUUGAUGGUGAAAAUGAUUUUAUGAUCUGUCUGAAGGAGUCAUUUCCACAGUUAGCGAAUAAGAAGCUUACAAAAGUUCAGUGGGCAAAAAUAAGACAAAUGAUGGGCAAACCACGUAGAUGUUCCCAAGCAUUUUUUGAAGAAGAAAGACGAGAAUUAGAUAGAAAAAGAAAACUAAUUAGAUACAUUCAACAAAGGAAAACUGCAGACAUAUGUGUCAAAGAUUUGCCGAAUGAAAUUCCAAUGCAGUUAGUAGUAGGAACAAAAGUAACAGCUAGACUGCGUAAACCACAAGAUGGCCUUUUUACAGGUGUAAUUGAUGCAGUAGAUACUUCUAAUAAUACGUAUAGGAUAACAUUUGAAAGGCCUAAAUUAGGGACACACUCAGUUCCAGAUUAUGAAGUAUUAUCAAAUGAACCACCAGAUUCCUUAUUUCUGUCUAGCAUAACGCAGAGGUUUCGCCCACGCCCUAUGCAAGAUAUAUUUAAUAUUUAUCAAGCAUCAUUGUCAAACAAUAAUAGUCAAGGGGAUCCAAUGAUAGGUUGUAACGAUAUAACUAAGUCCACUGAAAAAAACCUUGGUUCCUAUCCUUAUGUAUUUCUGGAACUUAUUGUAAAAUUGACAAAAAUAUUACAAGCAAAAAGAAAUAAAAUUAAUAAAUUAAAGGAAAUGAAUUGUGAAGCAGAAAAACGAAAAUCAUUUGACCAAAAAACACCUGAAGAUUUUGAGAGAAAGUAUGCUGCAGUUGUAAUAGAUCUUGAAAGGAUGAACAUGGAUUUACAAGAGUAUAUCAAUGAAAUACAAGUUUAUUGUCAACAAAUUGCCCCUGGGCCUAGCCUAGCAGCUAUGUUAGCUCCGUCACAUCUUCGAGAAAAGUGUAGAGAGGAAGCAUCUGAACUUGUAGCCAAUAACAAUAAUAAUUGUGUUAAAGAUUCUAAUGUACUAGAUCUUAUAACAGAUUUAACAGCUUUAAUGUUACAAGUUAAAAGCCUGUCCAAUUCAGAUCAGAAUGCUUAUGAACUAAGUGUAUUACAAGGCACUAUGGAACAAAUAAAAAUGAAAUUGGAACCAAAAUAUCAAAGGAUAUUUCAGAAUAGUGUUGAACCUCAUAUGCAGAGAAUUCAGAUGGGAUUAGGGCAAAUAUCAUCAAGUACUUUAAUUGUUGGUACAUAGUUUUACUUUUUAAAAAUGUAAAACAAGUUAAAAAGUGAUAUGCACUCAAAAAAUUAUCUUUAAUUGUAACAAUUAAGGUAUAUAUACAAUAUAUUUAAAAUGUGUAAUAUA